AUGCGCACGUUUCCCUUCCGUUCGUGCCUUUGCUAUGAACUAAUCGUUCAGCAGUACCUAAUAGUCAUAAAACAAUGGGAUCCUAAACGCCGAAUCACGUCUACUGACGCGUCCCGCCACGAGUUCGUGAUUGGAUGUGCUUUAGGCGCAGCACCAGCAGGAGUUCUAGCACUCCCACGUCUAGCACCUCCAAGAACUACAAGAGGAGCGCUUCUCCACUCGCAAUCAGCUGGAGACGUUGCGGCCAUGUUGGGUCGAGCGUGA